CUAUGUCGUGGUAAAUAAUAGCUAGCUGCCGCACGCCUCUGGCUGGCCCCCCUCGCCGGCAUCCGCUCCGCUGCAUCGCGGAAAUCGAAUUCCAAUUUGAAUCCCUGUGCCUCAUCGCACAGACACGCGCUCGCACGACAGCAUCGAAACGGGGGUGGGAAGGUGAUGCAGCAGAAGACGGCGGAGGUGGCCAUGGAGGAGGAGGAGGCGUCUGUAGGGCCGGAGCUAGGGUUCUGGCUGGCGGCGCGGCGGCGGCUGGCCCCCGACGACCCCUUCUUCGCCGCGGGGGACCUCGAGCGCGAGCUCCUCGCCAAGCACGUUGCCCUGGAUCUAUCGGAAGAUGACCGGAGCCAGCUUCAGAAGAUGGAAGUAGCCGGCGCGUGCACUGUGUUUUGCCCAAUCGCUGGUUGUGGUGCCCAUCUAGAUUGCUUGGAGGACUUCGAGGACCACUAUAUGACUCGACAUACUGCUUCAUGCUCUGUAUGUUCGAGAGUUUAUCCAACUUCAAGGUUAUUGAGCAUUCAUGUUUCUGAGGCGCACGACUCAUAUUUCGAAGCAAAAGUUGCCCGUGGUUUUCCAAUGUAUGAGUGUUUGGUGGAGGGUUGUGGGGUGAAGUUGAAGACUUACAAAAGUCGGCAGCAGCACCUUGUUGAUAAGCAUCAAUUUCCCAAGUCAUUUGAGUUCUUCAAAAAGACACGGCCCUCCCAGCGCCAGCGGCAGAAGUCACAGAGGAGGCAAACUGCUCGCAAGGGAGAAGAGACAAGGGACAAUUCAAUGGAUGUCAAUGGAAAAGGCACAAGGCAAACGAAUUGGAGAUAUCGACCCAAGCAACAUGAUCAUAAAGAGUCAAAAGAAAAUGAACAUCAGCAUAAGGAGGCCAAGGAAAAUGAAAUGGAGGUUGACAAGAAGAUUGAAGAGCUCACUUCUGCUGUUUCAAAAUUGAGCACAUCGGAUUGUACACCUGCAAGGGUAACCUUUGGCCACCGUCAUUCUCGCGGUCUUACAUUUGUUCCAAGGUCAAUCAAGCAGAACAAGCAGGUCCCCAAGCCUGAAGCAAAAUAACUAACACUGUCAUUUGGUCUUUUGAUGGUUGCUGAACCUUGCUAUGUGCUACUAAUUUUGUUUCGAUGCUUGAUCUAGAAUGUUGUUCUGUACGUGUACUCUCAGGUAUUCACUAAUAUUCUUGGAUCACAAAGCAUAUGUUUUCUUGGCUGUUACAAA